AUGCAGACUAGGUCCGCUCGUUCAGGCGUUGCUAACGCCGCAAAGGGUGGCAUUACGAAGUCUCGAAAGAUGGCGGUCCCACGACGACGUAGCGCAGUGAUCAGUACUAAUGCUGCUGUCAGCAGCACCAAUAAGUCAAAGACUGGCUCGAUAUCAAUCACGAAAGGCAACCCGAGUAGCGUUUCACCGACUAUUAAGACGACCACCGGCGACACGAAAUACAAAACAUGGUUCAAACAUGCUCAUUUCUCGCCCUUCCCAAACUUCGAAAGUCCAACUGAGGAGCAGUGUCGCCGAACACACGAAAUUCUGGAGCAGAUGCACGGCGAUACCGUGCGCAAAAACUUUGCAGAAAUGUCUAACCCGGAGCAACACUACCCUCAUGUUAUGGACGCUCUGGUGGUCGCACAGCUCAGCCAAGCCACAGCCUGGUCUAAUGCACAACGCGCCAUGAGGAACAUGGCCAACGUAUACGGGUCGACUUUUGCUUAUCAAAAAAUUCUCGAUGGCGGGGUUGAGAAGCUCCAGGACGCCCUCAGACCUGGCGGCAUGCAGAACCGAAAAGCUAAGAUGUUGACGAAGCUGUUACUUGACGUUAAGGAACGACAUGGAAAUUGGGAUCUUGACUUCUUGUUCAAGCUCAGCAACGAAGACGCCAUGAAAGAGGUUCUGCAGUACCAUGGUAUAGGGCCCAAGUCUGCUUUCUGCUUGCUGAGCAUCUGUUUGCAGAGGCAGAGCUUCGCUGUCGACACACACAUCUACCGGAUUACGGGUCUGUGGGGCUGGAGGCCAAAAAAUGCCAGUCGGGAGAAGGCGCAGAGUCAUUUGGACGCGAAGAUCCCUUCCGAGCUUAAGUUUGCUCUGCAUUACUUAUUCAUCGUGCAUGGCAGGGAGUGCCCGGUAUGUCGCGGCAACGGGAAUGUGUUAGCAGAGUGUGAAUUCGAGCGGCUGUACAGCAAGAGAGCUUGA